UCGACAUCAAACGGGUCAAUACUGUACAAGUACAGGACCUCAAAAUGGCACCGGCAAUCUCGCUGACCGACCUCGUGUCGGCUCUCCCCAACGAUGAGUCUUGGGGCCCGCCCGUCUCCGCUGAGACUAUGGUUGAUGGUGUGCCCUACGCCCCGUACUCCAAAGGCGACAAGCUCGGGCGCAUGGCAGAUUGGAAUACCGAGGGCAAGGACCGCGAGAGAGGAAGAGCUGGCUUCCAGCGUGGCUACAGAGAUCAGCAGGUCUACGGAGCUGGCAGUGGCAGCCUCUUCGCCGUCCAAGUUGCCGAAGACGAAUCAUCCUUCUCGGUCGUCGACAACUCUCGUACUUCCACCAAAACUCGUGGUUUUGGUCGUGGUGGUGGCACUGUGUUCCGUGGCCGCGGUCAGCGGGGUGGCGCGGCUGCUCGGGGUCGCGGUGCCUUUCAGCGUGUUGGCGGACGCCAACAGGGCGGUGACCGCUAUUCUGACAACCGUGGCGGUCGCGGCGGUCGUGGCCGUCGUUUCGGCUGGAGAGACUACGACAAGCCCCAGCGCACUCGUGACUCUUCUGUCCAGAUCAAGCCCGAGUGGCAGAUGCUGGAGGAGAUUGACUUCAACCGUCUGACCAAGUUGAACCUCGAGACGCCCGAUGGCGAGGACCUCGACGGCUACGGAUUCCUCUACUAUUAUGACCGCAACUACGACAAGCAGCCUGGAGCCAAGACUGCUGAGAAGAAGCUCAACAUUGUCGACCGCGCCGCUUACAACGUCACAACCUCUAGUGAUCCCGUUAUCCAGGAGCUGGCCGACCGCAACGAGGCCACCAUUUUCGCAACCGACCAGAUCCUGUCUAUGCUCAUGUGCGCUCCCCGGUCCGUCUACUCUUGGGACAUGGUCGUCCAGCGCCAGGGUAACAAGAUCUUCCUCGACAAGCGCGAUGGCUCGAGCCUUGAUAUGAUCAGCGUCAACGAAAACGCUGCUGACGCUCCCCUGGAGACUUCCGAGGGCAACAAGGAUUCGCUGAACAACCCCGGUGCUCUCUCGCUCGAGGCCACUUUCAUCAAUCACAACUUUGCCAACCAGACUGUCAUCGAGAACGAUGCCCAGAAGGUGCAGAUGGCUCAUGAAAACCCCUUCUACAGCCCCUCUGAAGAGUCUGAGCCUGCCGCCUCCAAGGCGUACAAGUACCGCCGCUUCGACCUCUCUCUUGAGAAGGACGAAGAGCCCCUCAACCUCAUCGUUCGUACCGAGCUUGAUGCUGUUAUGAAGAACAACAUUUCCGGCGAGGACCAGUUCGUCACCAUUCACGCUCUCAACGAAUUCGAUAACAAGGCCCAGGGAAGCUCCGGUGCACUUGACUGGCGCACCAAGCUCGCCUCUCAGCGUGGUGCCGUUGUUGCCACGGAGAUGAAGAACAACAGCUGCAAGCUUGCCCGCUGGACUGCCCAGUCAAUCCUCGCCAAGGCCGAUGUCAUGAAGAUUGGUUUCGUCUCUCGUGCCAACCCCCGGUCGAAUGAUCGUCACGUCAUUCUUGGUGUUGUCGGCUACAAGCCUCGCGAGUUUGCCAGCCAGAUGAACCUCAACAUCUCCAACGGCUGGGGCAUUGUCCGCACCAUCGCUGACAUGUGUCUCAAGAUGCCUGAGGGCAAGUAUGUGCUUGUCAAAGACCCUAACAAGCCCGUCCUCCGUCUCUACGACGUUCCCUUGAACACCUUCGAGGAGGAGGUUGAGGAGAAGGAGACUGUUGAGGAAGAGGAGGAGGAGGAGGAGUAAAUUUAUCCUUAAUGGUCGAUUUAUCCGGUUUUCUUUGCAUCUUUUGGUAAAAAAAAUUUUAUGAACUGUCCUGCGGAUAGGGAGUAAAAGCUUGUGGACUCUUUUCGUAGAAUAGAUUGAUGAUGACAAAAUAAUCUGGUUCUGUCUGAGCGAGCCAAAAUUGGCGGGAAAGGAAUCUUAUGGGUAUUAUUACUGCUAUAAUUUAACUGACCUGAUGUAUCGAUGGCA